UUGAAUGUACUCCAUUUUUUAUUAUUUUUUGUUUUCCAAUAAGAUUUGCAAGUCAAUCAUUACUUAUUUUUUGGUGUUUUAAGACAGAGAUUCAUUACAAAUAAUCAACUCAGCAAACAACUGGGUUUGCAUCUGGGAUGCUGCAUCAGGGUUUGGCGUGCCGUGUGCACAUGUUCUUUUUGCUCUAAGAACGAAGAAUGUAACUGUUAAUGAUCUACAGUUGAUUCAUAAAAGGUAACCUUAGGUUUUCUGCUAAUUAAUAAUAAUAAAGGUCCGUAAUGUUUAAUUAUAUAACUUUAUGACCAUAUUUAAAUUUUAAUCCACUUAUGUUAUAGAUUGCUAAAUUGAAAUUUAUUUGAAUAAUAAUCAAUUUACAAUUUAGUAGUCAAAACAUGUAUUGCAAUGUUGCACGCAAUUUAUUACUUAUUAAAUGUUAUGAUUCAUUGUUUAUUCUAGAAGAAGUUACUUUAAAAAGUUACCAUGCCAUUCAGGUAAUCUAAAAAGCAAAACAAAUGAUGUAUCUUUGAUCCACUAUUUGCAUUUUUUAAUGCUAAAUUGAUUGUCUGUUAUAGUUCAAUAAAUGAAAUAAUUACUUUUAUUUAAUUGGCUAGAAGAAUUCUUUUUUGUGUACACUGAAAUAAAAAUUUUAGAAACAUUUUUUAACCUACUUUACACUAGGAUAACAGAAAUUAUUUACAUUAACAUUAAUUUAUUUAGGUGGAUUUCAUGCAAUCCUGCAGCAAACCAGGUAAGUUUUGACCAAGCGCCAUCACAUAUUACCUCAAAUAUAGAAUCAUUACCUCUCUGUUGUGUCACUCCCAAACAAAGAUUUACUACAGCAAUGAGUUACCUUCAACCAAUAGCCGUAUUGCUCGCUGAAAUGCCACCCAAAAAAUUUGAUCUUGCGAUUACCUGGUUAGAAUCUAUUAAUCAACAAUGCAUUUCUGGUUAAUGGGAACUGAUGUUUCAAAGUGAUCCUUGUCUAGAAGUUUUUACAUCUGCAGUAGAUCACAGUGGUCCUUAUCUAGGAGGUUUUACAUCUACAGUAGAUCAAAGUGAUCUUUGUCUAGAAGGUUUUACAUCUACAGAAGAUCUAUCAUCAAAAGAAAUUUUAGAAGUUAAGUCACCUUCAAGUGCAGAUCCUAUGACUACCCCACUUGAAUGCAUAAAUAAAGAAAUAUGUGAAGUAGUCUCUCAAGAGCCACAUAUAAAUAUAGUUUUAAGGCAACCCCAGCUGAAGCCACCUGAUCGUGUAGGUAAAAACAAAAAGAGACUUUUUGACAAAGCUAUAAAAGCGUUUGAAAAAUUGGGUAGUUUCGAAAAAGAUCAUAUCCGUCUCUGUUGGUUUGUAGAAAGAACAGUUGCCCUGCAGGUUUUACACGAGAGUGCUAAAAUUACCACCUGACAGUUUUUAAAGCAUCGAAUAAGAUUGUGUCAAGUAUGCGGGCAGUCUAAAGCAGCUGGAAAAAACCAAAAAUGGCUUCAGUGUGAUUAUUGUUUAGACUGGUCGCAUUAUGUUUGUCUACAAAUAUCUUGCAAACCUAAAGGAUAUUGGUUCUGUGCCCAAUGUAAAGUAAGGAAAUAGUGGAAUUUAGGUUCAUUUACUAACAUAAAAAAAUUUUUAAAAGUUUUUAAUAUCUAUUUAUGUAGCGACAUAAAUAAAUAUUAAAAUGUUUAUUGUUUAUUAUUUAUUGAAACGGUUAGUAUAUUAUAAUAUUUAUAAAGAGCAUACUCCAUAUUUAUUUUUAUUUAUUUAAUAUAUUAUAAUAUAAAUUAAUAUAUUAUAAAAAACAUUUAAAAUAGCUUUUAAUUGGCAAUUAGCUUUGCGUUUCUUUAGCUA